AUGGAGUCGUCUUUGUCAUCAGCGUUUGCAAUCAGUACACGGCAGCGAAAACAUCCAGCUGAGACUACGGAGGUGAAUCAAAAUCUGAAACACCAAGCCCCUGUUGAGGAAACCAAGAAAGAGCAAGGACCUUUCAGAUGUAUUCCUACUCCUCUUUUGGUAGCAACAAGAAGAAAAUUUUAUCAUAUUAUUAAAAUAUCGGCGAUGGUACUCUUGGUGAUUGCGGCAGGAGUUGUUCAACUUGGAUCAAAGCCGCCCUCAGCUCCACCAAUUGUCAAUCACGCCUCUCCAGGAGUGAGACGCAACUUCAUGAAGGGCCAGUCAAAACUUGCUGAGGAGCAAUCUGAGAAACCAACGGAAAUUGUGGGUGCCACUGAUGAUGCCUUCUCCAUCACCAACAUCAACACGACAAAAGUUUAUCCCCUGGAAUCUCUCGGCAUACAAUCCGCCAUCGAGUUUUACAAAAAGGGCAUGCGACAGCGCUCCAAACCGUUUUCGUUGGCUCAAUUUCAUGUCGAUGUUACUUGCAAGACUCCGAUUUCCCUGGUACAAGAUGUACAGCCUCCGCACCACGAUUGGAAGAAACGUGCACCACAUGUCUUGAUAUUGGGCGCUCAAAAGGGUGGGACCACCGCCAUGGCGUAUUACUUGUACAAUCACCCGCGGUUCAUUUAUUUGCCUUCCAAAGAACUUCAUUUCUUUGACGAUGACAUGGAUGCCUGGCAGAAUGACGGUGAUUCUGCUUCUUCUCUCACAAAUCUAAAUGGAAACGACAUUCUGAAUAAAUAUCAUUCUGAAUCCAUGAGCAAGGAUUAUAACAUGACCAUUUUCCAGCAGCAACAAAAAGUCAAUCCAGCCUACAUUAUGGAUGCGACCCCGAACUAUUUGUUUGAGAGUGAUCGAGUGCCCCAACGGGUUUUAUGUGCCUGUGGACCAUGGGUCAAGCUGUUGGUCUUUUUGCGGAAUCCAGUGGACCGUGCCUGGAGUCAGUAUUAUAUGCAGCACAAUUAUGACUCGCUUGGAAACCUGACAAAUUUACCAUCCUUUGAAGAGUAUGUUGAAAUGGAUAUGAACGUACUGGCUGAAGUCGGCGUGUUGCCUCCUGACAACGCUGACCUGAGCUAUUAUGGAUCGGCAGGAGAAGCAAAGGCAUGGAAGACGUAUACACGGCUGGGGAUAAACAGUCCUUUGGGACGAGGGCUCUACAGCAUUCAACUGCGACAAUGGCUCAAAGCGAUGAAAGACUAUGGAAAACCAAGUUCCGAUCUAAUGGUUUUCUCCAGCGAACAAAUGAAGGUUCUCUCGAAAGCAAUUUACCAUCAGGUUUUGGAGUUUCUCGAGUUGCCGCCCUAUGAAAUAUCCCAUUUUGAUCGGGUGCACAAGACCAGGUAUGGUGAUAACGUCAAGAUGAAACCAGAAACGAGAAAGAAGUUGGAAAUCUUCUUUCGGCCAUACAAUCAGCAGUUGAAGGACGUGCUCGGAAGCGAGUGGGACGGUAUUUGGGAUGAAGCGUGA